GUGAAGUGUGUUCCAGGCGUGUGUGUGAAGUGUAACCAGGCCGUGCACGGAGCCAACCAGGCCUGCCAGGCCAUGGGAAACCUCUACCACGACCGCUGCUUCUGCUGCAGCGCCUGCAGUCGCAGGCUGCGCGGGAAGGCCUUCUACUUCGUAGGGGGGAAGGUGUUCUGUGAGGAGGACUUCCUGUUCUCAGGUUUCCAGCAGUCUGCUGACAAAUGCAACGCGUGUGGACAUUUGAUCAUGGAUAUGAUCCUGCAGGCCUUGGGGAAGUCCUACCACCCUGGCUGCUUCCGCUGUGCCAUCUGCAACGAGAGUCUGGACGGGGUCCCCUUCACGGUGGACGCCGGGAGCCGGAUCUACUGCGUCAAAGACUACCACCGAGUCUUGGCCCCAAAAUGUGCAUCCUGUAGCCAGCCCAUCCUUCCCUCAGAGGGGUCCGAUGAAACCGUCCGAGUGGUGUCCAUGGACCGGGACUACCAUGUGGAGUGCUAUCACUGCGAGGACUGUAAGAUGGAGCUGAACGAUGAAGAAGGCCAUCGCUGCUACCCCCUGAACGGCCACCUGCUGUGUCACUCCUGCCACCUGAAGCACAUCGAGCCGGGCAGCUCGUCGCCCAUCGCCGCCUCCUACCAGCUCUAGUUUUGGGUUGAGGGAGCCCCCUGGUGGAUAUAUGAAGGAACUGCCAAAGAAAUAGAAGAAGCAAAAAAAAGUGGACAUUCAAUACAUUUCUAUGAGAUUGAUUUUGUGUCUUUUGUGUGUCUCUGUAAGUAGGCAAUCAUCGCAGUGUGAUCCUGUUUUAGGUCUAGUUGUCCUGAAUAUUAUUCAUCUGAACCAUCAUGUGGUUUGGGCACUAAUUUAAAUUGGGCCCUCAUCGCUAAAUAUUUUAUAAUUAGCAUAAUUAUGAAGGAAGUUCCAUGGAAAUUGCUCAUAUGUUUUGAAAUUGUUAUUUCGAAGUAGUCUUUAUAUUUCAACUAGGGCUAUAAGGACACAGACUAUAUAAAUAUACUGUACCCAGUAGAAUAUAGCUUGCCCGACAAAUAACUAUUUUCAACGUUUUUUUUUCUGUAUAACCAUGCAUUGACUCAAAUAACCUAUAUUUAUCUGAUUUACUCUUGAAGUGAAGUUAUUUUCAAUAAUCCAAUAAAUUAUUUACAAAAAUGA